CUCACUUCCAACUAUCAUGGAGUAUCUGACCGGUUUGUCGCAAAAAGAAAACGUUCGUGCCGCUUGCAAGAAAUGUGGCUUCCCGGGCCAUCUAACGUACCAAUGUCGGAACUAUCUUACGGUUGACGCUCAAAGCCAAUCCGUUGUCCCGAGCCAGCAACGCCGGGACAGUGAAUCGCCAGAACAAAAUUAUCUCACCCCGUUGCAGGAGCUACGCCAACAAGAGGAAGAAGAGGAAAGGCGCAAGGCAGAAAAAUUGGAACGAAAGGAGCGGUCCCGUCGGGAAAAGGAAGCACGCAAGGCGCAGAAAAAGCGCAAACAACGGAGACGUUCUCGAUCGCGAUCCAGCACUAGCGGAUCCUCCGACCAGAGCGACUCGAACAGCAGCACCGAGAGAAGAAAACGCAAGAAGCGUGAAAAGAAGAAACUUAAAAAGCACCGCAAAAAGGACAAAAAGAGCAAACAUAGCCGGAGACGAAGGAGCUCUGAUAGCAGCAGCUCCGAUGAUUAG